AACGGGCCGAGUUGAUCGAACGAGCCUGACAUUUGACACUGACAUGUGUCAUCCACCGAGUCAGCUUCCUUGUUCAUGUAUUCUUGAGAAGAAGAAAAUCUGUGUUUAAACUGAAAGAAUGAAGGCUUCAGUUGUCUCUCUGUUCUCCGGCCUGUUUGUUAUUCUUCAGCCAGACCUCACUGCUGCAGCAGUCAUCCUGAACGUCACUCCAAACCGUCAGCAAUUCUUCACUGGAGAACCUGUCCGUCUGAGUUGUGAGGAGGAAGAGGAUGGAAGCUCUGCUGAUGGAUGGACACUGAAGAGGAAAUGGCUUCAGAAAACUGAGACUUGUGGAGUCCAAGGAUUUCAGAAUUGUAGAGGAGGCACAUACUCCGUUUCAGCUCUCUCUCAUGCGGAUCGAGGGGAUUACUGGUGUGAAGAUCCCAAAGGGAGGGAAACCAUUAAAGUCACAAUAGCUGUUUCAGAUCGUUUUAUUAUGGACAUCCCUGCGCUUCCCGUGAUGGUGGGAGGUAACGUUACGCUGCGCUGCAGGGACAGAGUUGGUUCUCCUGUUUUAGUUGAGUUCUUCAGGUUUAAAGAACACCAAAAACCAAAAGGAGUUGCACCGGAUGGACAGUUCAAAAUCAUCAACAUCCAGAAAUCUGACGAAGGGUCUUACUGGUGCUCCCAUGGCCAGGUGACAUCAGCAUCCAGCACACUACAUGUCAGAGAUCCUCCUGUUUUUGCCCAAACCGUCUCCGGUCUCUCAUUCUUCAGACUUUUCCUCCAUCUAGUGGUCAUCACUCCAUAUUGCAUCACCACUGGACUGUUGAUUUCUAUUUACUGCUGCAGGAAAACUGGAAAAGCACCUGUCGGUGCUCCAGAAAUUACCAUGCAAAAGGUGGAGCAUGUUGAUGCUGCUGUUGCCCCCACAAUGCUGAACUGAGGAGAGCUUAUUUGGCUAUAGCGAAUGUAAACCUUUAUAUUAAUAUUUAAUACGAUACUGUGUCUUUUAAUCUGUACAGUACAGGUAACUUCCAAUGUAAUAAAUAUUACUUUUAUAUAUUCAUAGUUUUGUUUUUUUACCCCAUUCAUCAUUAUUUUUUUAUCUGCUACUUACCGUUUUGCUUUUGCUUGGAUGUUUUUUUUUGUCGAAUGAUGCUAGCCUAAUUAUAGAGAGUAAUGGCUC